UCGAACUUGGCUAUUCCCACCGCCUCUUUCUCUGCAACCACCAUCCCGUUUCCUUGCUUGCAUUGCUGCCGUUGUUCACCAUGUCUUCCACAUCGAUGCCCAAUGACUCUCCUGAUGCCACUCCUAUUCAGCCUCUCCACAACCCUUCGCAAGCCGCUCACGUCGUCAUGCCACAAGCUCCGUUAGGCAACGUCGUGAACCAGGCGCCAGGAAUGGGUGCAAGGGCAUUGUUGGCAAAGAAAAUGGCAAAGAGCUUAAAGCCCAACUUUGUUUCUCCAACAGACAACAUGAUGACGCCCUGCAGCCAGAAACUGUCCGACGCCAAGAAGAAGCACUUCACCAAGUAUGUUUAUCUCUGCUUUGGCUAUUUUUCAACCUUACAAUCUGAUUCCAGGGGGGCCAAACCCGUUCAAUUAUUCGUUCAAAAGGAAGGGAGCGCGAGUGAUGGUGAAGCCGACGACACUGAUAUCAAGGAGCAGGCUAAGAUGACCGUGGAUGUUGACGAAGACGAGAAUCCGUUUUAGAUUUGACCUCACCACCACAUUUUAUCAUCUUCAUGGCAGGCUGGUCCCAUUCCUGGUCAUAUCUGGGGCGCACUUGUACGAUAUAAUUACAAGCAUAUCAUCAUUGUUGUCUAGCAUGCAUCUUAUUU